GGCAGGCCUAUAUGUAUAUUGACAUAUAUACAGCUACUACUUACACAUAAUAGCUCCGAUCCCCCCCACACAUUAUCCGGUCCCCGUUUCCUCAGCUCCGCCGUGCGCCGCCGGGGAAAACUGAAAACAUGUCAGUUAAAGAGUGCACCCACCACAAGGAGCGGAAGAAGAAGUUAGUGCAGAGAUUCUGCGGCUGUCUCCUCAUCCUCCUCUUCAUAAUCCUCCUCACUAUCCUCAUCAUCUGGGCCGUUCUCCAGCCCAAGAAGCCGCGCUUCACUCUCCAAGACGCCACCAUCUUCAACUUCAAUGUCUCCGCCCCCAACAUCUUCUCCACCACUCUCCAGAUCUCCAUCUCCUCCCGGAACCCUAAUUCCCGGAUCGGAAUUUACUACGACAACCUCGACGUCUUCGCCACCUAUCGCGACCAGCAAAUCACCUACUACACCGUCAUCCCCGCCGUCUAUCAAGGCCACAAAGACGUUAACCUCUGGUCGCCGUUUCUUUACGGCAAUAACGUCCCCAUUGCGCCCUUUAACGGCCCCCAGCUCAAAGAGGACCAGGCUGCCGGCGCCGUCUGGCUCACCGUUAAAGUUAGCGGUCGUGUUAGGUGGAAAGUUGGGACGGUUAUUACCGGACGUUAUCACCUUCAUGUUACUUGUCCGGCUUAUAUACCGUUCGGGAAUACGCCCAGGUACGGCGGUAUCGUCGUCGGUAACGCCGUUAAAUACCAGCUCUCCCAGCGUUGUGAAGUCACCGCUUCUUAAACAGCACCUGAGUUAGUUAACGUCUCCGGCGGUCAACUGUUUAUUGCCCAGUAAUGCAGUAUUAAUUAUUUUUCUUUCAAUUGUUGUAUCCUCCUAUUUAUUUGUAUUUUGUUUUUGUCCCUCUGUUGCAACAAUUUUAGGUGAAAUUAAUAAUUGUACAUUUUGCUAAAUAAUAAAUUUGCAACCAAUUCAAUAAAUGAAAAUUAAUAUAUACUAAA